AUGAAGCUCUCUGUGCUACCGGUACCGGCAAGGUCCUCGCCGCAAAUCGUCUGGCUGAAGCAAUCAAGUGUGCCGCUGCCGCCGCGGGGGCAGACCCUUCAACUUUCGGAACUCACGGCACUCUUCGCGGCUGGGGUCGACAGGCUCACAAUCAAAUUAUUCGGAAGAUGGUCCUCCGACGCGUUCGAGCGAUACACCAGGAUGAACGAGGCAACAACAAGAUCACUCGCGGAACAGAUGGAAGAGGGGCCUGGUCACGUGUCAGCCCAGUUACACUGGUUGGGGCUUCGUCCAGCUACAACACGGAGCUCGACUAGCUAA